UAAUAUCUCCUCCAGUAAUACAAAAUGAAAAUAAUACGAUUAUACAAGAAAAACGUAGGAUAGAUGAUACUUUUGCUUGGACCGAUGCGAGUACCAAAUUGUUUUUAAGUAUAUACAAAGAAAAAAUAGAACUUUUGAUAAACCGAAAAAUCAAAACAAGAAAAAUAUUAUGGGACAAAAUACGUGAAGUUAUGCAAUCAGAAGGAUACAAUGUUACAGUUAUUCAAAUCGAAAACAAAUAUAAAUCUCUUGAAAGGUCAUUUAAAAACAUGAUUACAAAUAAUAAACAGACGGGCAGAGGGCGUACAACAUGUCCAUAUCAAGCGGAAUUAACAGAACUUUUAGGUUCUAAGCAUAAUGUAGAACCUUUGGCUGUUUCUGGCAGAGAAGGUUUAAUUUUACGAGAAGAUGUGAGAGCAAGUACAUCUCAAUUUAUUUCUGAUCCAAAUACAAAUUCAGAUGAAAAUUCAAACAUACUAUCUCAUAAUAUACAAGAGGAAAAUGAUAAUGCAAUCGAAAUAGGAAUGACAAGGGACACUACUACAGGAAGUAAUUAUACCAGCAAG